ACAACUCCUUGUGCCGCCAAAGUUGAAAGAAAACAAUAUUAUUUAUUGUUUAAUUGAUGUAUAAACGAUGAUUUAUAGUUAAUUUCAAAUAACAAUGUCGAAAAGAUUUUUUCCUCAGCAGCCUGGUGAAAGAAAGAAGGCUAAGUUAGAUAUUACCAUAUCAGAUCACAAUUUUCCUCUUAGUCAAAAUGCAGCUGCGAAUGAUGAUUUCGAUAACUGGGGAGACGACAAUGACGACGAAAUGCUGCUCAUGGCGAGCCAGGCUUGCGAGCAGGCCUACGGCAACAACACGACCCUCCCAGACUUCAGCCUUUGUAUGCAGCCGGGUGCCACCAGCACCCAAAUGUUUCCAGAACCUGGCACUAGUAAAGAAUUCACGUUUAAAAAACCAACCGUGAACUCUCCACACCUAGCAUCUACCCAUUUAAAGGAUAAGUGUAGUAGAAUUUCCUCGCCACUACCCGGUAUGUCAUCAAAAGUAAUAUCAAAUGGAGAUACAAUGAAAUACAAUGAUGAUUUAAUCUAUAAUGACAAGGUAUAUAAAGGGCAAGAUCCGGACCAUGUUUACCGACAACUUCUCCAGUUACAAGAGGAGAAUGCUAAAUUGAAAUCGGAAAAUGGUAAAUUAAUGGACAAAUGUGUGACGAAGGAAGGUGAGGCGUCUAUUCUUCGGACGCAGCUCAAGUCUUGCCAGGUGGCUGUAGAUAAUGCUAGGAUGGAGAAGAUUAAAGCUCAAGAGAAGGUGCAGAUGGAGUGGACGGAUAAAUUAGCGGCUGUUAAUGGACAAAUGCAUGAUUUGAGGACACAGUUGGAUUUUAAGAAUUUGGAAAUAAUCAGCAUUAAGGAGAGAUGCAGGAUGCUGGAAUCCACCAAAGUGAAAUUAACUCAGGUCACUGUUCCAAACAAUGAAAUAUCCUCAAGCCACCGACACAAUAAUAUAAGCUCCAAUCACAACCUGUCUCUAACCCAGAGGAGGGUUAAGACAUCUUCUGCUGCCGCUCAGACUGACAGCAAAGCACACUUCUUGAAGAUACACAAAUCACAUAAUUCUGCAACACCAAACCUCACCAGCCUACUCCCAAUCCUCGAGCCCACAACGGAACAGCCCUCGCUACUAGACUACAACGAAAAACUCCAGACAGAUCUAGACCAGUCACAGCGCCCCUGUCGGGUCUUUAGCACUUUCCAUCGGGCACCAGCCAGCAAGGUGUUAAGACCGAAGGAUGGAAAUAUGACUAUCGGGUGUAUACAUGAGGAUUUGACUAGUAUAACUAAUGGCGAAAAUGUUGCGGAGAAAUUUAAGAAGAUCGUGAAAGCAACAUGCGCCGUACUCACACAAGUGCAACUGCAGUUAAAGGAAGUGCAGUCCCGCGCUACGACUGCGUUUCAGCGGGACAUGGACCAGCGGUACAUCGACGUUUCCGGUACAUUUGUACCGGUACCGAGGCGGAGCUUACUCUCUGGCAGAGCACUCUACAAAGAAGAGCAAGGCAUACUGGCGCGACGUAUGGUGGCCACUAUAGCGUUCCUACUCGACCGCUCAACCAAGAUAGUUCCUAAGGAACAAGUCAAAAAAAUAACUCAAAAUGUGAACAAUGGAAUUUUUCAUGUUUUAAGUGAUGUCUGCUCGUUACUGGACACCACGUGUUGCGCCACCCUGUACAACGGGCUCGUCUACUCCGCCACCCUACUACCCCUACUACCCCUCCGCACCCUCCUGAAACCCCUCAUCUCGUGCCGCCCCACGCCGGCAGUCUCCUGCCAGAUAUUGAGGGUGCUGAGGAGGACAAAUGAGGAGGUUUGUGGCGGGAGCGGGAAUAUGAGGAUGGAUUUGGAGCAGGGAGUGUUGCUUUAUAAGAAAGAUUCGUGCCACCUACACGUCCUCUUGAAGCAGAUCGAAGUGGCGCUGAAGUGUAUAGAAAAGCAGAACUUAGUCUCAGAGGCGCUCACUACGGCGCAGGACCUGCUAGGGUUCUAUAGCAACUAUAACGCUAGGCGUAACACACAGGAAAACAGGUGUGAUUGUCAACUUGUGCUGAUGCAAGUUUUGGUGUACGCCCUGAGGAUAUGCUCUCUCAUGCUGAAGGCUUGUCAGUCAUCCAAAGAUAACAAUGUGUCGUCAUCGCUUGUAUCAGUGUGUCGCGGGGGCGUGCUGGUGUUGCACGUGCUAGUGUCGCGCGACGUAGAGCUCACCUCACAACUCGGGGGCUCCGAAGGACCCGCGCUAGAAUUCAUUGAAACCAUGAGGGCUUUCAAACAAACUGAGAUGUUUGAAAACAUGUUGAUCGAGUUAGCGGGGACAUUCCAAUGCGCGGCGGAAGAUUCGCCGCCAUCUUACCACAGACAAGCUUGGAUCAAAAGCUUCGACGCCUUCUCUCUGGCCGACUGA